CCGCCUAAGAAACCCUGGUUAAUUCAUCGCCAGCGUUAUACGCAGGUGGUUCGCGAUUUGAAGGCCAAAAUGCCACCACGCAGCCCACCGGAGUUGUCGGAGGCUCAGGCGAUUCCUUCGUCGUCGCGAGAACCUGGCCAAAUCUCACCAACAGAGUCACAAUCUGUGUCGCGUAGAGAGUCUAUUGCGCGACUGGGCUCGCCUGUUGCCUCUAUCCAGAAUGGCACGCCAUCUGUGCGCCAGAUACCAACACCAGCCCAGCGCGAAGACACACCUUCACAGACGCCGCUCGCCGGACGCGUCGAGCAGUCGUCGCUGCCUGGCCCAGGGACGUCAGCCCUGUCCUCGGCCUUGAGAGAGUCGUUCGGCGGGAGCCCUCCACGAUUUGGUACACCACCUGUACAGCCGCUAUCACCUGCUCUGGCGCCGGUAGCGUCCUCCUCCCGCGGCCCACCAAGCAACUACGGAUCCUUCGAUGGUCGAGGCCGCUCUCCCGCGCCGUUCGAAGACCCCGAGAUCGUGCGUCGACAUCUGGUCGGUCAAUUUGGAUCGCCUAGCAGGUCGAACCGUGGAUUCAUAGGCGACGACGAUGCGCAAUCACAGGGGAGAGGAGGCGCCAACGACGAAGACGAGGAAUUCUCGAGUCUGCAGCUCCAGGGCGGAGACAUUACGAGGCAGAUAUACAGAUGGAGCGAGCAGCAGCAGGCCGAGGAACGGGGCAGAAUGCAACGCAGCAAGAGCUUUCACUCGUCUCGUCCGCGUCAGGAUGACCAAGAACUGAACAUCGACUCCAUCAGGCAACCGGGAGGCUUUCGACGUAACUAUUUGCGCAGAGCCGCCGCCAGUCCCUCGCCUGCGCCAGGCCCCUCUGGCUAUGGAACAAUCCAACAGUCUCGACCGCAACCUCAAGUCUUCACGAGUAACUUCCUUGAAUUUCUCACUCUUUACGGACACUUCGCUGGAGAAUCCCUCGAAGAAGACGACGAAGUUCUGGGACCCGACGAAUACUUUUCAUCGGACGCUCUGGAUUCGGGUGAACACUCAGAAGACGAAGAUCGUGAGUAUGGCGAAUCGAGUGCCCUGCUGACACCCGGGAAGCGGAGAAGGCGUAAGCCCAAGCAGACAGGCACUGGCAGCCCUACAGGCGCAGCCAUGCUGCUCCUCAAGUCCUUUGUUGGUACUGGUGUACUGUUCUUGCCUCGAGCUUUCCUCAACGGUGGUAUGCUCUUCUCGAACAUCGUUCUUCUUGGCGUUGCUGGCUUGUCUUACACGUGCUUCGUUUUGCUCGUCUCUACUCGUCUUGCCGUUGAGGCUUCGUUUGGUGACAUGGGCUUCCAUCUCUACGGCAAGUGGAUGCGCAACCUUAUCAACUUCUCGCUCGUUAUCUCCCAGAUAGGCUUCUCGUCUGCCUAUAUUGUCUUCGUUUCCGAAAACUUGCAAGCAUUCGUUUUGGCAGUGUCGAACUGCAGAACGUACAUCGACAUCAAGUACAUGAUCUUGAUGCAGAUGGCCAUCUUCUUGCCGCUUUCGCUUUAUCGCAACAUCAACCAUAUCCAGAAGCUUGCUCUCAUUGCAGAUGCAUUCAUUCUUCUUGGACUUGUGUAUUUGUACUACUACGAUCUCUUCACUAUUGUCGAUCAAGGCGGCAUUUCCGACAUUGCCAACUUCAAUCCCAAGGACUGGACCCUUUUCAUUGGCACGGCCAUCUUCACAUUCGAAGGCAUUGGCCUUGUCAUUCCUAUUCAGAGCAGUAUGAAAGACCCGAAGAAGUUUCCCAAGGUCCUCGGAGUCGUCAUGAUCAUCAUCACCGUCAUCUUCCUCAGCGCAGGCGCUUUGUCGUACGCUGCGUUUGGGUCGAAAACAAAGACUGUCGUUCUCCUCAAUAUGCCCCAAGACAACAAAUUCGUCAACGGCGUGCAGUUUAUUUAUUCCCUCGCCAUCCUCCUCUCCACUCCAUUGCAGAUCUACCCCGCCAUCGAAAUCACCAGCCAGCAGCUGUUCAGUCGAACAGGCAAAUACAACCCCUUCGUCAAGUGGAAGAAGAACUUCUUCCGCUUCUCCAUGGUGGUGUUCUGUGCUAUGCUGGCUUGGGCCGGUGCGGGUGAUUUGGACAAGUUUGUCAGUCUCGUGGGCAGCUUUGCUUGCAUCCCGUUGGUGUUUAUUUACCCUCCUUUGCUUCAUUAUAGAGCGUGUGCGCGCACGACGUAUGCACGUGCGUUGGAUGUCUUGAUUUGCAUCGUUGGCGCUGUGGGUAUGGUGUAUACUACUACUCUUACUAUCAACGGUUGGAUAGAAGGGGGUGCGCCCAAGGCGCCUGGGUACUGCGAUGGCAGAUAAGCUGACGGUUAGACUGGACUUGGUAAUUGCGUUGUUUUUAUCUGCAUUGCUCGCGGCAUUGUUUGCGAGGAGGUGCUUGGAUAUUUGGUUGUUUGUAUCAUCUGAUUGUUGUUCGAGGGAGAGGCGUAGGAUCUUUCCGUCAUCGUGGGCCAUUUUAGAUUGAAAGAUUUGAGCUUAUAUCCGUGCGUAGGUAGUCUUGUCACAAUAAUAUUCUACCGUGGUGUGGUUGAC